GCCGCGCUUCCUUAGCGACGGCGGAGCAUGGCGGCGGGGGCGGCCGAGGUGGGGCAGGCCCUGAGCCGGGCCCUGAGCUCCCUGCAGGGCCCCGACUGCGGCCGGGCGGCGCGGCUGCGGGCCCUGGAAGCCAUCCGGGCCGAGGUGCAGGAGCGGCCGCUCCCGGCAGCCGUGGUGCAGGAGGUUUUCGGGGCGCAGCUGGUGCGGCCCCUGGCGCGCUGCCUGGCCGGGGACGCGGCGGAGCGGUGCCGGGAGCUCGCCCUGCAGCUCCUCCGCCACGGGCUCAGCCACGGAGAUCGGCCCGGGGAGGCGCUGCCCGUGCUCCUGCCGGCCUUGGCCCAGCGUCUCUGCCCGCCGCAGGGCUUUGAGCCCUGCGAGGAGCUGCGCCUCGGCCUGCUGCAGCUCCUGGGCCUCCUGCUGCAGCGCUGCGGGGCCGCCGUGGCCCCCUACCUCUCCGACGUGGUCCGCAUCCUCCAGGCCACGCUCCUGGACCACUACGCCGAGGUCAGGCGCGAGAGCUGCAGGUGUGCCGUGGCCUGCGCCCAGGCUGUGCCAGAGCACUUCCAUAUGCAGUCAGAAUCUCUGAUAAACCCAUUAAUGCAAACAAUUUCACACCAGCACUACAGAGUCCGCGUCGAUGUAAUUCAGGCUACUGGAGCAGUGAUACAGUUUGGAAAUGGAAAGUCUGUGGAUGAUGUUCUGUCUCACCUGGCCCAGCGAUUAUUUGAUGAGAUUCCCAAGGUUCGACAAGCUGUAACAACUGUCAUUGGAGAAUGGCUGUUGCACCUACGAGACAGAUACUCAUAUUUUCACAAGCUGAUUCCUCUGUUACUUGGAAGCUUUACUGAUGAAAUUCCUGAAAAUAUGACAUUGGCUUGGACUUAUUGGGAGAAGAUAGGUUUGCAAUGGGAGAAAGAGAAUGAAGAAGAUCUGAAGGAUAAGAUGGAUUUCAGUGUUUCACCAUCUCAUUAUCCCAAAGGAGUGACACGACCAGGACUAGGUUGUCGGGAACUUGUGUCAAGAAACCUCUCCAAAAUUCUUCCAGGCCUCUGUCAUGAUAUAACAGACUGGGUUGAAAACACAAGAAUAAAAGCAUCCCAGCUUCUGUAUACGUUAUUGCUACAUGCAGAGGAUCACAUAACACAACACAUGGAUCUGCUGCUUAGAACUUUGUACCAAGCAUGCUUGGAUGAAGAAAGUGAGGUAGUUAGGAAUUGUGUGAAAGCAGCAGAAUUGAUUGGAACGUUUGUCAACCCUAAGGUAUCUUUGAAAUUAAUCACAUCAGCCUUUGAGAAAACACCUAAGCCAUCUUGUAUAAUGGUUCUAACUGCAGUGAUUCGAGGUAGCGCAAAAGAAAUCUUACAGCCUCAUUUGACUGAUCUUGGCAACAUGCUGUCACAAGCUGGAGUUUGUCAACGAUCUGAAGAGGUCUUUUAUAUGGAACAAUUGCUUUGUUGUGUAGAAGCAUUAAUUGAAGUGUGCCAGGAAGACUGCAAAGAAAUUUGCUUGCAGCUCUUGAAAGUUUUGGUGACAGUAAUGGCAACACCAAAUUCUCAGCACCUUAGAGAAAAGGCAGAAGAAAUAGUGUGUUCAUUAGCAGAAGUGCAGCAAUUGGAUAGUUUUCUUUGUCUCUACAAACAGCAUAUAAUUCAGCUUUUGGAAUGGGUUUCAGUAUCACAUGAUUCUUGGACCUGCUAUUCUCCAGAAAUAUUACAGUUAGAUGUCAUCGCAAAUAAUUCAGGUCCUGUCAUAGGUGAAGCUCUUGAUGACUUUAUUCUCAUUCUUAAGACGUGUCUUCAGCCAAACAAAGAUCCCCAGAUGCGCUUAAAACUUUUCACUGUUUUAUCACAGUUGCUCCAGAAAGCAAAUGAAACCGUCAAUUCUCAGGGGCUGUUCCCUAGCUACCUUGAGACUGUGAUAAAAGACAUUCUGGCUCCUAAUCUGCAGUGGCAUGCUGGAAGAACAGCAGCUGCCAUCCGCACUACAGCUGUAUCAUGCCUUUGGGCUCUAAUUCACUGUGAAACACUUUCACCAGAAGAGAUCUUGAAAGUCAAAGAUGCGCUAAUGCCCCAAAUUAUUGCUGCCAUGGAUGAAGACUCUAAAAUUAGUCGACUGAUGGGUUGCUGUAUUGUUGGUGUUUUUUUAAAAGUCUGUGGGAGGCAGUUUGAUGAAGACCAGCUUACCAAGACUUACCCAGAAGUUCUAAAGCGUUUGGAUGAUGCUUCACAUGAUGUACGACUGGCAGCUGCUCGCACCUUAACUAAUUGGUUUAAAUGUGUAAAGGACAGUGGUAUGAAAUCUGUAAUGAAAAGUAAUAUUGAGUGUCUGUACCAAGAACUGUUGAUACAUCUGGAUGACCAAGAUCAAGAUACUCAAAAUGCAGUCCUAGAUGCUUUAAAAGAAGGGAGCAUUUUAUAUCCAGAACUGCUUGUGAGAGAAAUUGAAGUGGUUAUACAUAAGCAUCGAACACCAGUCUAUUGUAAUCAACUACUACAUCACAUUCAGUCAGCCAAAGAACCAGUUUUAUGAAUCAAUGCUGAUUUUUUUAGUGAACUGCAUGUGAAAUAUGUUUGAUCUGGAUUGGUUUCAUAUUUUCAUUUUCUUAAGGUAGGCUGAGCAAUAAAUAGAUUUUUUUUCCUUUGUAAGUUCAGUAUUAGUUCAUUUAAAACUCAGGUUAGCACAAUUCUGUGUUCUUUGCCAUUUGAAGGUGUUUUUUUUUUCUUUUCCUAGCAAUAAGACAAUGUUUAAAUUCACUUUGCAUUGGAACUUUUCCAGGUACAAGGUUUAAAAGAGGAAUAUUUUUGAGGAAUCUGACACUAUUUAUAUUUGAGAAAGAUAAUUUAUUUUAAAAACUAAUAGUGUAAUGUUAAAUUUAUGUAAUUCAGCGAGUACUUAGUCUUCUAAGGAGCAUUUCAAAAUGGAUAAUAUUCAGACUUUGCAGCGUCAGGUCUGUGAGGAACAGUUUUAUCAGAAAUGAAGACAGCCAAACUUCUGUUGCAUAAUGCAGCAGAAUUUUCAUGGUGUUUUGAGUACUUGUGCUAAUAUAACAGGGACAUAUUCUGAGUAGGUGUCACUAAAGGAAUGUUUUGUAUUGUCAUUGUAUUACAUGUUAUGACUGAGAAUAAAACUAACAAUUUUUAAAUUAAGGAUUGUAAUGGAAGGAAAUGUGCUGUUUUGUCACUUAGAUUAACAAUAUUUAUGUUGUUUUUGUUAAAUAUACAGCAUCUGCAUCUUUUAUGUUUAUACUAUAGUGCCUUGGUAGGCAAGCAACAUUUGUUUGCAUACUACUUUGAAGUGAAAUUCUCCAAUACUAGGUUAAAGCAUUUCUUUAAAUACCUUUGUAGUGUACAAGUUGUAGAGUUUUCUCACAUUCUUAGCUAUGUAAUAAAGUGGGCUUCUUAGAUUCUUGUCUAAGUCAUUCUGGGGUACAG